AUGUCGGCGACGGCCUCUGGCAGGGUCAAAAGGAAGCAGUCUGGCAAUAAGUCCAAAACCCUCCCUUGCCCCCAUUGCCAGCGCCUCUUUGCACGCUUGGAACACCUUCAAAGACAUAUUCGCACCCACACCAAGGAGAAGCCCUUCAUCUGUGAGAUCUGCUCCAAGACCUUCGCGCGCAGCGACCUGCUUGUCCGCCAUGAGAGACUCGUCCAUCCGGGCGAGGAAGAUCAGCACACCACCAGAAAAUCCCAUAAACAUCAUGUGCAGAAGUUCAACGAGACUGCGCAUGUGGCUCAGCCGCAGCCAGCUCAUCAGCCCUCGUCCGAUCCCAUGGACAUCACCUCGCAGCAAAGUCAACCGCUCAUGUCGCCUCAAGCUCCCCACGAAGGGAGAGGCAUGAUGGACAUGCUGGACCCGCAGCUCAUGCAGCCCACCAACGGUAUCUCAUCACAACAACCUCCUGUCAUGGGCGCACCUUCUCUCGACCCUUCAUGGGGCUAUGACCUCAAUUUGCUCUCUCACGCUGCUAGCCACGUCGCUUCAAGUGGGCAAGAUCAUUAUAUGUCUAACCUGCCACAAGUCUCCCAUGAACAGCUGCAUGAGCCUCUACAGCAGAUCCUGCCCGCCGUGUCAGAAGCACAGUACCAGCCUCGAAUGCUUACAGAAGGCUACGGCCAUCCAACGCCCAUGUUUGAGCCUCCUGACCUGGGUGACCCCAUGCAGGACUUCACUGUCUUCCUUGAUAGUGUAGGACUUUCUUCCGAAUGGUAUGCCACUAUGUUUGGAAAUGAUCAGGUGGAAUCUUAUCAGUCGCCAGAGCUAAGAGGCGACCACCUCAACAUUUCCCGACCUCAUUUGAACGGUGAGCAUUCUACCGAUUCCAAACUCGGUGUUCCCCAGGAUGAAACAGGCACCUUUUCGCGAUUUGGCUCCAGACUACCCUCCCUCCAGCCAGAGUUUAAAGAUCCUGACAUCAAAGGACCAGAAUCUCGAAGUGUUGCCGUCGAAGAACUCGAAGCUGCCAAGGUCAGAACAAACUGGGACGUCUCAGAUUCCGAUCGACAAAUCUUCGCCUCCAAGCUGGGGGCCUUUGAUAAUGUCAUGCCGAAAGGCUUUAUUCCGCCCUCAAGACAUUCGCUUUCUAGGUACUUGGCUGGCUACGUCAACGGCUUCCACGAGCAUCUGCCUUUUAUUCAUGUGCCCACUUUGCAGGUUGCCGGUAGUGCACCAGAGUUGAUACUGGCCUUGGCUGCGGUUGGCGCACAGUAUCGCUUUGAAAACAGUCGUGGAAUUGAGUUAUUCUACGCUGCUAAAGCUGUGGUGAUGGAACAAAUUCGACGUCGUGACGAGCUAGCGCUUCCUCACUCAUGGAACAGGCCACGAACAGGAUCCCUCGCUCAGUCCCCUCCAGGAGGCGGCUUUGCCCCCCCGAGUCAUUCUAGUAGCCCAUUCCAGUACAUCUCACCCGAAGAUGCAAUUCCCUCGGACAGUAAGGAGCAAAUGGACUCGAUCCAGGCCCUCCUCCUCCUAAGUGCUUUCGCCACGUGGGAACGGCACACUGAGCUGUUGCGUGAAGCCUUAGCAUUCCAGAGCAUUCUUGCCCGACUUGUUCGCGAAUCAGGCCUUAUUUCCCCUGAGGUAACGCAGUCUCCAGAAGAUUCGACCUGGGAGGAAUGGAUCAGGAGUGAAGGGGAAAAGCGGACCAAGCUGAUUGUCUACUGUUUCUUCAACCUCCAUUCAAUCACCUGGAAUAUCCCCCCCCUCAUUCUGAACUCCGAGAUAAAACUCAACCUUCCUGACCCGGCCAAUGAAUGGAAGGCUACGACGGCAGAACAAUGGAAGAAAUUGCAUCUAGCCAAUUCCUCACCGUCAAUACCUUUCCAGGUUGCAUUUUCUCGACUCUUCACGAAACAAAGUCAAGCAUCCCCAACCCCGAUCUCACCGCUUGGCAACUAUGUCCUGAUUCAUGCUUUGAUCCAACAAAUCUUCUUCGCACGACAGCUGUCGUUGGCUUGGCCAGGGGUUGCAGGAUCUAGCUUGAGGAUCGAGGAUAUCUCUGUGCUUGACCGCGGCCUUAGCUCAUGGAAGACGGGCUGGAGACGAACACCAGAAUCAAGUCUGGAUCCUCAAAAUCCCAACGGACCGGUUGCCUUCACGUCAACAGCCCUAUUAGGACUAGCGUACAUUCGACUGCAUGUCGACAUGGGUCCAUUGCGGCACCUCGAGACCAGGGACGCGACACAGAUCGCCGCGGCGCUCCUCAAUACCCCGGACAUACGCCGCGACCCUCGUCUCACACCUGCGCUUCUCCAUUCGGCACAUGCUUUGUCCAUACCAGUUCGCCUUGGGAUUGAUUUCGUCGCCCGCACCCAGACAUUCUUCUGGUCCAUACAACAUUCUCUCUGUAGUCUCGAGUGCGCAUUCCUCCUAUCCAAAUGGCUAGUCAUACUAUCGCGAUUGGAAAGGGAAGGUGGUGCUCCAGUCACGGAGCACGAGCGCAAGCUUCUGCUCUGGGUACGCAGCCUAUUGGAUGAAACAGAAAUGACAAUCCCCUUGGAUGGCGAUGCAAACGAUCACACUCUACUACAUGAAUCACGAGAGCUACUGCAAGAUACCAGAAAGAUGAAAGCCUUGUCAGUCGCAGUGGUCCGAGUGUGGAGCAAAACUUUCAAAGGCAACACUAGCUGGGCAAUUGUCGAUAUGAUUGGCAGUGCGUUGGAGAUGUAUGCCGACAUGCUAGAACAAGAGCUCUUUGAACAAUAA